UCUUGAGGUAGAAAACAAAAUAGUGGAGACAAAGCAAAACCAAAAGCCAUCCCCUACAUACAAAUCUAUGAAGUCUCACAUACAGAGAGAAAAUAUCUUAACGUUUCAUACAUAACGGAGAGAGCGUUAUUAAAGACUAGCUUAAUUGUGCUUUUGCAUAACGUUAAUCUGUAUAUAUGGAGGAGGAUAGUCUCUGCAGAUCGAGUAUUGGUGGUGAAGAGAUGAAAGGGAUGGAGAAGAGCGAGUUGAGGCACCUUUUCGUGACGGUGUUCCUCUCUUCGCUUUCCAUGUUCUUGGUGGUUCCGGCCAUAACCGACGUCACCAUAGCGGCGGUUUGCCCCGGUCGGGAAAGCUGCUCUCUUGCCAUUUACCUCUCUGGGUUUCAACAAGCGAUCAUAGGCAUGGGAACGGUGGUGAUGAAUCCGGUAAUUGGGAACCUGUCGGACCUCUAUGGGAGGAAGGCUCUGCUCACAUUCCCAUUGACAGUAUCCAUUAUCCCACUAGCAAUAUUGGCGUAUAGCCGGGAGACCAACUUUUUCUAUGCUUUCUAUGUGCUGAGGACCCUAACUGCCAUGACAUGCGAAGGCAGUGUCAACUGCCUCGCCCUCGCUUAUGUGGCAGACAACAUUUCAGAGAGAGAGAGAGUAUCUGCAUUUGGACUUCUAUCUGGGUUUUUCUCCGCAUCAUUUGUAUGUGGAACUUUAGCAGCUCGUUUCCUCCCCACUUCGUUAACAUUUCAGGUUGCCGCCUUAGUAUCAAUGCUGGCAGCUGUUUACAUGAGGAUUUUUCUCGAGGAAAUUAGGCCAUCAGAUCAUGGGGAUAGUACUUUGAGCCAGCCUAUCUUGAAGGGAUUAGAACCAGUACUAGAGCGAAUCACAGAUGACGAUUACUCUCCGAAGACGAAAAUUGAAUUUAAGAAGAUCCCUUCUGUUGGGGAUCUUAUUAGCUUACUCAGGAGUAGUAAGACCCUGUCACAAGCUGGUAUUAUUAUCUUCUUUCAGAGCCUAGCAGAAGGCGGCAUGCAAGCUUCGGUCCUGUAUUUCCUUAAGGCUCGUUUUCAGUUCGACAAAAAUCAGUUUGCUGAUAUAAUGCUGAUUAUGGGGAUAUCAGGAGCCAUAACACAGAUGAUUUUCAUGCCCAUGAUGGCACCUAAAAUGGGAGAGGAAAAGAUGCUGUCAAUUGGGCUCUCACUGAACUGUAUCAGUAUGUUUCUAAACAGUAUAGCGUGGUCACCUUGGGUUCCUUAUGCAGCUACUGUGUUUUCUUCUUUUGCCUUACUAGCACAACCAACUAUACGCAGCAUUGCAUCAAAACAAGUUGGACCAAAUGAGCAGGGAAAGGCUCAAGGAUGCAUUUCAGGCAUAAGUUCCUUUGCCAACAUUGUUGCUCCAUUAGUUUUCAGUCCUUUAACAGCUUUAUUUUUGUCUGAAGAUGCACCGUUCAAUUUCCCAGGCUUCAGUAUUAUGUGCCUUGGACUUGCAACGAUCAUUGCCUUGAUUCAGAGUACAAUGAUAAGGGCUUCUCCUCCUAUUGCAAGUCACAAUUUAGCCUAGCAUAAAGAUUUUUUUACCUACAGUUUCAUCUGAUGGAGCUCUGUAAUCAAAUACAGAAGGAACCCGAGAACAAGAGCUAUAUUAAGCUAUGCAGAAAUGAUAUUAUCGUAUACAAAGAAACUGGAAAGAGAGAGAGAGAGAUAGCUAAUUUGUUAUUUAGAAACCAUACUUCUGUAUUUCUCCGUAUGGGAGGUCUUAUGUCCAGCAGGACUCUCAAAGCUAAUCGUGUCUCUUGCAGUUGAAUUAGCUAGGUCCGUUUAGUAUAGUUGGCUUGAUCCUUGGGUAAACUAUGUAUAGCAUGGCUAUUCAAGCAUACGAGUUAAUUGAUGAGAAUCAUUUACACCAUCUUCUUGUA